CGCCAUCUAGUAUAAUAGAAAUUUGUGACAGUCGCUGUGCGCUGCACUGCAUGUUGAUAAUUUUACAAUUAAACAAGGAUGGCGAUCCUAUGUCAAUAUAUAAAACAAUUUGGGAAAAGUUUAAUGAUACCUGAACCUAUUAGAAAUAUAUCGCUGUCCGCAACCACAUGUUUAAGAGAAAUAAUCGAAAAGAAGGAUGGCAAGGUUUUAACCAUCGAAGCUCGUAUUGUACCUAACAAGAAGGAACAUCUGCAAGUGAAACUGAAAUGCAAAGCAUGUCCCCUUUGUGCCACAAGACUUAAUGUUAAACAUACAGAUGUUCUUAUACUAAGUCAGUUCCUGCGAACAGAUGGCUGUAUGUUACCACGUAGAAUAACGGGUCUGUGUGAUGUGCAACAGAAAAGAGUUUCCACCCUGGUAGCUAUGGCUCAGAAAGCAGGCUUGAUGCCAAACUUGGCUCCAAAGUGGAGUAAAAGGAAUCCUAAACGUAGACGAGACUGGAAAAAAUUUAACACAUAUUUUGAUGAGAACACCAUCAGACAUAAAUAUGAAAUCUAUGAAGCAAUAGAUCAACCUAGCAUAUAAAACUGUAUAAAUAACACAUGUUUACUAAUUUACAAUUGUUAUAACGAAUGAAGCAGUUAUAUUCGAAUUUAGAAAAAUAUAUAAAUAUUGCCAUGAAGUA